AUGCUGCAAGACGUUGAUACUCUCGUUAUGAAAGACGACAAGGGCGGAUACCGGCAGAUCAACAAAUCGCUGAAUAUCUGUGCGUUCGACGAUUAUCUCAAGGGCCAAACAGCACGACUUCCACAAUUGGCGAACGUUGAACAGCAUACGCCUAGAGUACUACGCGUAAUGGGUCAGAAUCCAGGGAUUUUUACUUUCCAAGGCACGAACACAUACAUUGUUGGCACUGGUCACGAUCGAUUGAUUAUCGACACCUCCGGGGGUGAACCAGAGUGGGCCGAACUCAUUGCAUCGACGCUCAAAUCCGAGGACAUUGGUUUGUCUCAUGUCUUGUUGACCCAUUGGCAUGGGGAUCACACCGGCGGAGUCCCUGAUCUUAUACGCCUCUACUCUCAUCUGAAAGAUCAUAUCUACAAAAAUGACCCUGAUAAAUGCCAGCAGAAUAUCACCGACGGGCAGGUUUUUGAGGUGGAGGGUGCAACGGUACGUGCUCUGCAUGUGCCUGGACACUCCGAAGACCAUAUGUGUUUCAUUCUUGAAGAGGAGCAAGCUAUGUUUACUGGCGACAACGUUCUUGGUCAUGGUACCAGCGCUGUAGAAGAUCUCGGCACUUUUAUGAACAGUCUGGAGAAAAUGCACUCCCAGAAUUGCAUCACUGGCUACUCAGCUCACGGCGUCACGAUCACGAACUUACCCGCCAAGAUUGCUGGAGAGUUGAGUCAAAAACUGCGGCGUGAAAGACAAGUCAUGCAAGCGCUUGGUCAGUUUCGUAGCCAUGGCCAACGGAGUGUAACCGUCAAAGAGCUUGUCACAGAAAUUUAUGGCGAAGGGUUGGAUGAGGAUACGCGGACUCUCGCGCUGGAGCCAUUCAUAGGUGAAGUGCUACGGAAGUUGGCUGGUGAUAAUCGAGUUGCCUUCGAGAUGAGAGCAGGCAAGAAGAAGUGGUACUCAGUGGAAGCAGUGUCACAGAUUGCCACAGGAAGAUUUGCAGACGUGAAAGCUUCUUCACGCGUUAUUGUUCAAGCGGAAGAGCUUUCUACUUGA